AGAGGUAGUGUUUUUAUAUUGUUUGCUUAUGUUAAAUGAUCAGGUUACACGUAAACUAUUUGCUUUAGUUUUAUAAAAUUUGGUUAAGUUUACUCAUAUUGUCAAAAGAUCUGUUUAAAAUCUUCAUUGUUCAAUCUUUUGUGUGCAUUCGGCAUUGACAGUGCUAGGUAAUGAUGAUGUCCGCGGAUGGUUCGUAUAUGGAGCAGGAGGAAGAGUGGGAGCGUGAAGGAUUACUCGAUCCAGCUUGGGAAAAACAGCAACGAAAAACUUUCACUGCCUGGUGCAAUUCCCACUUACGAAAAGCCGGCACCCAAAUUGAAAACAUUGAAGAAGAUUUUCGUAAUGGCUUAAAACUCAUGUUACUUCUAGAGGUCAUUUCCAGUGAAACACUGCCAAAGCCUGACCGUGGCAAAAUGAGGUUUCAUCACAUAGCAAAUGUAAAUAAGGCUUUAGAUUUUAUUGCAAGCAAAGGUGUCAAAUUAGUCUCUAUUGGUGCUGAAGAAAUUGUUGAUGGAAAUACAAAGAUGACACUUGGUCUCAUCUGGACCAUUAUUCUUAGGUUUGCUAUUCAAGACAUCUCUGUUGAAGAGAUGACCGCCAAAGAAGGGUUACUGUUGUGGUGCCAAAGAAAAACUGCUCCAUACAAAAAUGUCAAUGUACAGAACUUCCAUUUGAGCUGGAAAGAUGGUCUUGCUUUCUGUGCACUCAUCCAUAGGCAUAGACCUGACUUAUUAGACUAUAGUAAAUUAACUAAGGAUAAUCCUAUUCAUAAUUUGAAUUUGGCAUUUGAUGUAGCUGAAAAAUAUCUGAAUAUCCCAAGAAUGUUAGAUCCUGAAGACAUCAACAAUACUCCCAUGCCCGAUGAACGUGCUGUUAUGACCUAUGUGUCUUCUUAUUACCACACAUUCUCUGGUGCUAAGCAGGCUGAAACUGCUGCCAACCGUAUCUGUAAAGUACUGAAAGUUAAUCAAGAAAAUGAAAGACUAAUGGAAGAGUAUGAAAAAUUGGCUAGUGAUUUAUUGGAUUGGAUCAGAAAAACUACUCCAUGGCUUGAGAACAGAACGACUGAUAACACUCUUGUUGGGGUUCAUAAAAAACUGGAUGAAUUCAGAAAUUACCGUAGAAUCCACAAACCCCCACGUGUUGAGCAAAAGGCUAAGCUGGAAACUAAUUUCAACACACUUCAAACCAAGCUUCGACUUAGUAAUAGGCCUGCCUACUUACCAUCUGAAGGGAAAAUGGUGUCUGAUAUUGCUAAUGCAUGGAAAGGGCUGGAAAUGGCAGAAAAGGGAUUUGAAGAAUGGCUCUUAUCUGAAAUGAUGAGGUUAGAGCGCCUGGAUCAUUUGGCCCAAAAAUUUAAGCACAAAGCUGAUAUUCACGAAGAUUGGACUCAGGGCAAGGAAGAAAUGUUACAAAGUCAAGACUUUAGAAACUGCAAACUGAACGAGCUUAAAGCAUUAAAGAAAAAGCAUGAAGCUUUUGAAAGUGAUUUAGCUGCACAUCAAGAUCGUGUGGAACAAAUUGCUGCCAUUGCUCAAGAAUUAAAUGCUCUAGACUAUCACGAUGCAGCAUCAGUCAAUGCAAGGUGCCAAAGGAUAUGUGACCAGUGGGAUAGAUUAGGAACACUCACACAGAAACGAAGAAGUGCUUUAGAGGAAGCUGAGAGAGUGCUUGAAAAAAUUGAUACAUUACAUCUUGAAUUUGCCAAGAGGGCUGCUCCAUUCAAUAACUGGUUAGAUGGAGCACGAGAAGACUUGGUUGACAUGUUUAUAGUUCAUACUAUGGAAGAAAUUCAAGGUCUGAUUGAUGCCCACGAACAAUUCAAGCAGACACUUGGAGAAGCUGAUAAGGAACACAAGUCUAUUAUAGCUUUAUCUCAAGAAGUACAAACAAUUGCAACUCAAUGCCAAAUACCUGGUGGAAUUGAAAACCCAUAUACAACAUUAACAGCUAUUAACAUAACAUCAAAGUGGAAUGAUGUAAAACAAAUGGUACCGAAAAGAGAUCAAGUUCUUCAAACUGAGCUUAUGCGACAACAGUCUAAUGAAAGACUAAGGCGAAAGUUUGCCGAAAAGGCUAAUGCUGUUGGACCCUGGAUUGAAAGGCAGAUGGAUUCAGUGGCUGCAAUUGGAAUGGGAAUGCAGGGAAGCUUAGAAGAUCAACUAAACAAAUUAAAACAAUUUGAAGUUGGUGUUGUACAGUAUAGGCCACAUAUGGAUGAGCUCGAAAAAUGUCAUCAAGAAAUACAAGAAGCAAUGAUAUUUGAAAAUAGAUACACUCAAUAUACAAUGGAGACUCUGAGAGUUGGUUGGGAACAACUUCUGACAUCUAUCCAUCGUAAUAUCAAUGAAGUUGAAAACCAGAUCUUGACACGUGACUCUAAGGGCAUCACAGGAGAACAACUUAAUGAAUUUAGAAUGUCAUUCAAUCAUUUUGAUAAAAAUAGAACAGGUCGCUUAGCCCCUGAAGAAUUCAAAUCUUGUCUAGUCAGUUUAGGCUACAAUAUUCGAAAUGAUAGACAGGGUGAGGCAGAUUUCCGUAGAAUAAUGAGUGUUGUAGAUCCUAACAAUACGGGUUAUGUUCAUUUUGAUGCUUUCUUAGACUUCAUGACAAGAGAAAGCACAGAUUCAGACACAGCUGAACAAAUAAUAGAUUCAUUCAGAAUUUUGGCUGGUGACAAACCAUAUAUUACUGCUGAGGAGCUUCGCCGAGAGCUGCCACCUGAUCAAGCUGAAUAUUGUAUCCAACGUAUGGGACCGUUCAAGGGACCUGGAACAGUACCUGGGGCACUGGACUACAUGUCCUUCUCUACAGCACUAUAUGGUGAAAGUGAUCUCUAGAACUCUGUAAUUUUGUUCCCACCUGAGCUGGUUCAUGCAUAGCUUUUUUAACCAAUUGACGGCAAACCAACGCUUACAAUUUCCUAUUCUUAUUUGAAUUGGAUAGGUCAAAAAAAUUGACUGUCUUGUGUAUAUUCAAAAAUUAAAAAUGAUUUAAUAUAUUUUGAUUUGUUUGUAAAAACAAAGCCAUUUAAAUUAUAUAGGAAAUCAAUAUUAUUUCCAAUCAAAUAAUUGUAGAUAGCUGCGCGACUUUAUUAGCAUCAGAUAUUGUGAAGUUGGUUGUCUCAGAACCAGUAUCAAAACAAAACCUUGAUCAAGGUGCCCUUGGAUCAAGAACUGUGUGAAUAACCAGCUCAUCAUAUGUUUUAUCCCAUCCCAGUGGAUUUGGUUAAAAAAAAUCAUCUACUUAGUUUGAAAAAGUUUUUCUGUGUCGUUUUUGCAAGAGCCACUUGUGCCUUUUUGGGUGCACUUGCCGUCCCAACGUGUCUUCCGACUGCAUGCUGAAGUGUGGUUCUUAGUCAUCGACCGAGUAACAACAUUUUUUGAAACGACAGAAUGGAAAAAAAAAAGAACUUUUUUAACAAAAACUUCACAGUACUUGUUUUAAACUGUGUUCUUUCUAGAUGUAGGUCAGCCUCUUUUCAAUUGUAUGUGUUUGACUGUGUAAUUUUGCAAUGAAAAUCAUAUCUUCAAAUUAUUAAUUUAAAUAAAAAUAAAAUAUUAUUUUAUGUUCAAGACAUUGUGAGUAUGUUUGAAUGAAAAAAAAUCUGAGUAAAAUCACGCUUUGUGCUCCUUUGUACUUUUUAAAAUGUCUUAAUAAAAAAUAAACAAAAACAUUAGCAACAAAGUA